AUGCCGUCGUCGAGGAUAGAAUUCCACAUGAUCACGAUUCCAACUGUCGGUCGGGGUGGCCAAAUGAGUCCUUUCGCCUCCCGUUCAGGAAACCCGCCACGGGGGCUUCCGACGCAACACUCGGUGCCCUCCAUGUUCGCCACCGCCGCCGCCCGCCGGUCCACCGGCGCGGCAGCGAGGAUUUGGAGAUCCAUCUCGACCUCGACGCAUCGUCUCACGCCCGAUGCGGGCGGCGAGCCCGCUCGGCUCAGGGGCGUGCAAGAGUUUUUGGACUUCAGGCGAGCGCAUCCAGAGCAGUGCGCCGUCGUGGUUGGGGCCCUGGACGAGUGGCCCAUGCUGGGACCAGACUGGGGACCCGAACGGCUCAGGGACGAGCACGGCGACGUUGAGGUACCGUUGGAGGUAUCGACCGGAGGCGCGGACUACCGGGACGCGUACAGGGAGGAUGCGCCUCGGUCACGGAGUCGGACGUUUCAGGCGGAUCACCUGGUUCGACUGGGCGAUUUCAUCGACGCCUUCGUGCUCGGCGGCAGGGACGUUCCACCCGGGGUGAACGCGUACCUCGCGCAGCACGACCUCCUCGCGAGAAUCCCCGAGCUAAGCGACGCGUGCUCGCCCACGCCGCCUCACGUCGGCGACGGCGACGACGCGCAACGCGAGAGGACGAUGCGACGAUGCUGGUUGGGGCCGAGAGGGACGCAAACGCCGCUGCACCGAGACCCGUACCACAACGUGCUGGCGCAGGCGUGGGGGACCAAGCGGGUGGUGUGCUUCCCACCGAGCGAUGAGAAUAAGAUGUACCCGUUCACCGCGAACGGCUUCCUUCGAAACACGUCGACGAUCGAGGACGUGGACGACGCGGACGAGUCCAAGUUCCCGCUGUUUUCCAAAGCCGGGAGGGUAACAACGACGCUCAAUCCGGGCGAGUGCCUCUUCAUGCCGGCGGGGACGUGGCACGAGGUGAGGGCCACGUCGGCGUCGUUAUCGGUGUCCUACUGGUGGGGACGAAGGGGCACCGGACCGGCGGGUGCGUAG